AUGCCUGUGUUCAGUGGCCUGUUGAAGGUGCGAGUGUGUGAGGCUGUGGACCUGAAGCCCACCCCGUGGGCCCUGCGUCACGCUGUGGGGAAGAGCGGCUCCUUCCUCCUGGAUCCAUACCUGGCCCUGAACCUGGACCAGACCCGGCUGGGCCAGACUGCAACCAGAACAAAGACCAACAGCCCGGCAUGGCACCAGGAGUUCUGCACGGAGGUGCGCGAGGGCAGGAGUCUGGAGCUGUCGGUGUUCCACGAUGCGCCCAUCGGCUACGAUGACUUCGUGGCCAACUGCACCAUCCAGCUGGAAGACCUGCUGCAGAACGGAACCAGGCACUAUGAGGACUGGAUUGACUUGGAGCCAGAGGGAAAGGUGUACGUGGUCAUCGAUCUGUCCGGAUCCUCCACUGAGGCCUCAGGUACAAAUGAGAAUGAAGAGCGAGUGUUCCGCGAGAGAAUCGGCCCUCGCCGGCGGCAGGGGGCCGUCCGAAGACGGGUCCAUCAGGUCAACGGGCACAAGUUCAUGGCCACCUACCUGAGACAGCCGACAUACUGCUCGCAUUGCAGAGAUUUUAUUUGGGGUGUGCUGGGGAAGCAGGGCUACCAGUGUCAGGUGUGCACGUGUGUGGUUCACAAGCGCUGCCAUGAGCUCAUCAUCACCAAAUGUGCAGGGAUGAAGAAGCAAGAAGACACGGCGGAGGAGGUGGGUUCACAGCGCUUUAGUGUUAACAUGCCCCACAAGUUCAGUAUCCACAACUACAAGGUUCCCACCUUCUGUGACCACUGUGGCUCCCUGCUGUGGGGCCUCAUGAGGCAGGGAUUACAGUGCAAAGUGUGUAAGAUGAAUGUGCACAGGCGGUGUGAGACCAAUGUAGCUCCAAACUGUGGCGUUGACGCCCGAGGAAUCGCCAAAGUCCUCUCUGACAUGGGAGUCACACCUGACAAAAUCUCCAACACGGCACAACGCAGGAGAAAGCUGACACCAGGGCAGGACCCUCCCCAGUCUCCUCCUGAUCUCUCCCAGACGGAGAACAGCUUCAGUCAGCCAGCUGUCCCCACCUCCCCCUCGCAGCAGGACUUGGCAGAGUUAGAUCGCCUGCAGGACUCGCUCUCACUCGAUCAGCAGGGACCCCAGCACUCUCCCUCCUCCUCCACCAACUCCUCUUUGUCGUCGUCCUCCUCUUCUGUGCCCAAGGAAAAUGGACAGAGCCAAAGGAGGAACCUCAAGGACUUCAGUUUUAUCAAGGUUCUCGGCAAGGGCAGCUUUGGCAAGGUGAUGUUGGCAGAGCUAAAGGGGACAGAUGAAGUUUAUGCCGUCAAAGUCUUGAAGAAGGAUGUGAUCCUCCAGGACGAUGACGUGGACUGCACUUUGACUGAGAAGCGAAUCCUAGCUCUCGCCCGCCGCCACCCCUACCUCACCCAGCUCUACUGCUGUUUCCAGACCCGGGACCGUUUAUUCUUCGUUAUGGAAUACGUGAACGGAGGAGAUUUAAUGUUCCAAAUCCAGCGAUCCAGGAAGUUUGAUGAGCCUCGCUCUCGUUUUUACGCCGCAGAAGUCACUUCAGCCCUCAUGUUCCUGCACCGUAACGGAGUCAUUUACAGGGAUUUAAAGUUAGAUAACAUCCUCCUAGAUGCAGAGGGUCAUUGUAAGCUGGCAGACUUUGGUAUGUGCAAAGAAGGAAUCAUGAACGGCGUGACCACCACCACCUUCUGCGGCACGCCUGACUACAUCGCCCCUGAGAUACUGCAGGAGCUGGAGUAUGGGGCGUCUGUGGACUGGUGGGCUCUGGGGGUGCUGAUGUAUGAGAUGAUGGCGGGGCAGCCUCCGUUCGAAGCUGAUAACGAAGACGACUUGUUUGAGUCUAUCCUACACGAUGACGUCCUGUAUCCUGUGUGGCUCAGCAAGGACGCCGUUUCUAUCCUGCGAGCGUUCAUGACAAAGAACCCGUCCAAGCGUCUGGGCUGCGUGGUGAGCCAGGGCUGUGAAGAGGCCAUCAAGACCCAUGCCUUCUUCCGAGAGAUCGACUGGGUCCUGUUGGAGCAGAGAAAAGUGAAACCGCCCUUUAAACCCCGGAUUAAGACAAAGCGGGAUGUGAAUAACUUUGACCAGGACUUCACCAAGGAGGACCCCGUGCUGACGCCCACAGAUGAGACCAUUAUUCGACAAAUCAACCAGGAGGAGUUCAAGGACUUCUCCUACUGUGCUCCCGAGGAGACGCAGACCUAACACACAGACCCACCCUUCGAUUCAAUAACUCUAAACCCGGCAUGCUCGUGCACACACAUGCUUACACUCAGUAGAACCGUGAACCCAUCAACAGCUCACAUGCACACAGUCAGUACUUUUAUCGCUAUUGGUUCUUACUUUUACAAUAUUAUUUACACGCAUUGUGUUGUUCUUGUUGCCUGGGUUAAUAAUGAAUAUGAAGAUAAAUAUGAAUAUGCACAUGCUCUUACACACACUGUCUGGUGUGCACACCAACACUUGUACUUGCUCACUUACCCAGAAACAAACACUUACACUGCUUUACCGCUUCUUUGUCUGCACCUCCGCGAGUUUGGAGUGAAGGUGCUAAGGCCUGUACAUAGCCUUCGUCGAGUGGCUGUAUCGUGUUGUCUGCCAGUAAUGGAGCGUUGUGGCGCAUGGACAAACACCCUAUCUGUUUUAUUACUGUCCCUAAUUGCGGACCAGUUAGGGCCAAACCCCCUUUGUGCAAUACGUUGACUAUCUAUAUAUUUUAUGGUUUAUUUGUUUAUUUCUCCUCAAAAGACAUAUAUUUUUGGGGGGGGUUGGGGGUGGAUUUGGGUGAUGAUAGAGUUGUUUUCACUGUCACACACUCUUUAUCCUCCUAUCAUGUGUAUAUAAAGUGAAUGUUACAGGCUAUUGAACUAAUUAUGUGGAGCAGAGUUUUACGGGCGGCCUGUGUAGCAGCGAAAAGUCAAGCUCUUUCAUCCACCUGUCACUGUCGGGGAGUCCAUGACUGUUCUGCAGGUGUGAAUGUGUCGCGCGUGUUACAGUGAAUGUAGAUUUUUGUGUGCAUGAAUGUGAUUUUUUUUUAAUUAUUAUUAUUAUUAUUGUUUUCCUUACUGUUUUGUGGAAUUAUUUGGUCUUCAGCAUUUCUGUUUCUAUAGCAACCGCCUGUGUUCAAAUCCCCUCCCUCCUCCUCUAUUUCCUUUGCAUCCAAAAUACAGACUUCACCCUUUGUCGCAAAACCAUUUGCUUUUUUCAAAGAAUGGCUAUUCUUUCAUGCAACUUUCUCUUUUUUAUUAUCAUCUGUUAUCAAUAUUAUUAUUGUAAAGUGGACAAAAAUCUUUAUGUAAAAUACAAUAACUAUUCCAUUAUUAGUCUGUUACAGCCGAUUAUUAGGAAUUGUGGUGAACCAGCAGUCGAGUUAACUCUCAUUUCAGACACAAAGACUCAUUUUUGGCCCCUCCCUCUAACUGUCUCUCCCACGAACACAUGCACUCGCUGAGAAGGACUGUUGAGCAGUGAUCUGAAGACGAACCGGUAGCUGUUUGUGCAGUUGAGUUGGUGUGUAGUGACGCUUUGUGCACCCAGGGGUAGAGCUGUUCCUGGUCACACUAUCUUACUCUGUGCCAAAAUGUAGUGCAACAGCCAGGCUACUCCUGCCUGGUCUGAUUCCAAUAAAACACUGAGCUGUCGACAUAAA